AUGGCUUCUCCGGGUCGCCUCUUAUGCUAUACUCUAAUCUUAAUUUUCCUGAGCUCUUUUCUGAUUCAUUUUAAUCGAUACAUUCUCAUUGCCUUUCCGUUUCCUACAACAUUGACAGCAUGGCACCUGACCGUAUCGGCCCUAGGAACACGCCUGUUGGCGAAAACCACAGGAUUGAUCAACCCAGUCCAAGCACCCAUGGGAAAGCUCUACGGGGUUUAUUUCAUUCCUAUCAGCAUUUCAUUCAGUAUGAAUAUCAUUUUGAACAAUGUGGCCUACAUGUACUUAAGCGUCGCAUUCAUCCAAAUGUUUAAGUCACUUGGACCAGUCGUGGUCCUGCUCUCAGGGUGGGCUGCUGGCCUCUACACACUCACUCCGUCAUUACUUGCCAUCGUCAGUGCGAUUUGCAUUGGAAUUGUGAUUUCCUGCUACGGAGAGGUCCGCCUGCACGGGCUGGGUCUUCUGAUACAGUCCGGGGCACUUAUUUUCGAAGCCAUUAGGCUGAUCAUGACAGAGAAACUGCUGUCCAGCCAAAAAAUUCGUUUUACGCCUCUGCUCUCUUUAUACUAUCUGUCGCCACUAUGCGCCGGCUUCUGUUGGGCGAUUGCCCUCGCAACAGAACGCAAUGCCUUGACAGGUGAACAUAUGCGAGAAGUCAAUGUCUGGCUAUUGUUCAGUAACGGAAUAGUGGCCUUUUUAUUGAACAUUGCUGCGGUCUUCUUUAUCAGCAAGAGCUCAUCCCUGAGCCUUGCUUUGUGUGGUGGCCCCAAGGCAAUGAUGACAAUUGCUGCAUCUGUUUGGCUUUGGCAAGAUGCAGUGACAUUAACACAGGUCGGAGGAUUUUGUCUGGCGCUACUUGGGCUAUUUUUCUAUUAUAUUAUCCAGAAGAAACGAAAGUAA